GAGACGGUGUAGCGCUCGGGGGGCAUAAAAGGGCAGAAGUACCAGGGUCGCAGGGUUCAAGAUGGCUCCGGCCUUCUUGGGUGACGUAGCGGGAAGACCUUGGGUCCGCCCCUCCCUCUUGGAGAAGCGGGGAGCAGAACUGGGGCUAGCCCGACGUGUGUACGGUGCGGCCGUCGGUCUGUGGCGCUGCUGUUAACCCCACUCUCUCGGUUGGACGACUCAGCCUCUCUAGGUGAUUCUCACCGCAGGACCGAGCCAAAGGCUCACCGUUGUAAUGUGACACAGCAGACCACAGUGGACCUCAACUCCGUCCCAAAGCUUAAAAGCAGGAAAGGACUGGUUCCACCCCCUUAUGAGUGGGCGCCCAAAGACCAGAGCCCGACUCUUGGGUGACCCGCCGCAGGAUGGAGUAGAUCCGCCCCUUCCUUGUAAUUUGCCCUGCAGAGAUUUGGACCUUCUUCCUGGCUGGACCGCUGGCAGCUUGGGCCUUUCCUACACUCAGUGAUCCUCACUGUGGCCCAAGGCCCAGAAUUAGGUGACUAGAAUGGAGCUGUGGCCCGGGGCCUGGACGGCGCUGCUGCUGCUGCUGCUCCUCCUGCUGUCCACCCUGUGGUUCUGCAGCUCCAGUGCCAAGUAUUUCUUCAAGAUGGCCUUCUACAACGGCUGGAUCCUCUUCCUGGCUAUACUCGCAAUCCCCGUGUGUGCCGUGCGAGGACGCAAUGUCGAGAACAUGAAGAUCUUGCGUCUGAUGCUGCUCCACGUCAAAUACCUGUAUGGGAUCCGAGUGGAGGUGCGGGGGGCUCACCACUUCCCUCCCACGCAGCCCUACGUUGUUGUGUCCAACCACCAGAGUUCCCUCGACCUGCUCGGAAUGAUGGAGGUACUGCCAGAUCGCUGUGUGCCCAUUGCCAAGCGUGAGCUACUUUGGGCUGGCUCUGCUGGGCUGGCCUGCUGGCUGGCAGGAGUCAUCUUCAUUGACCGGAAACGCACAGGAGACGCCAUCAGUGUCAUGUCCGAGGUGGCCCAGACCCUGCUCACCCAGGAUGUAAGAGUCUGGGUUUUUCCUGAAGGAACAAGAAACCACAAUGGCUCCAUGCUGCCCUUCAAACGAGGCGCCUUCCACCUUGCAGUCCAGGCCCAGGUGAUCACAGCAUCUGCUCCCCCGCCCACGCGCCCACAUGCCCGCCCAGGGCUUAGGUCCUCACUGCUCUGCUCCUCACAGGUCCCUAUCGUCCCCAUCGUCAUGUCCUCCUAUCAAGACUUCUACUCCAAAAAGGAACGACGCUUCACCUCUGGACGAUGUCAGGUGCGGGUGCUGCCCCCAGUGCCCACAGAAGGGCUGACACCAGAUGAUGUCCCAGCUCUGGCAGACAGAGUCCGGCACUCCAUGCUCACUAUCUUCCGGGAGAUCUCCACUGAUGGCCUGGGUGGCGGCGACUGUUUGAAGAAGCCUGGGGGAGCGGUCGAGGCCCGGCUCUGAGCUCCACCCGUCCUCCCCUUCUUCCUCCCUGUACCUCCGACCCAGGGCCUGAGGCAGGGCCAGGCCUCUUCCCAGGUCCCCACUCCCCACUCUCCUUUUGGAAUCUUCAACUUCUGAAGUGAAUGUCACUCCGUGCUCUCUCCCUGUCCCACGCGUGGACUCUCCUGCGUGGGUGCAGCCUCCACUACGAGCCCCACCUGCCAUCUUGUCUUGUGGGACAGUUGCCUCCCCUCAUCUCAAGUGGCUCAUCCGAUACAAGGGUGGGAGACAUUCCAUCCCAUCCCUUCCCCAGUGGUCUCUUUGUGGCCUUCUCUCCCUCUCUGCCCUACACUGGACAAUGGACUCAUCCGUUCUGUGGAACAAUCCAUCCUUCACCCCCAAGUCCACAGAUUGAUUGGGCUUAUCUUCUCUUGAGGACUCAUCCUGUGGCUGGAAGCUGAACCUGACACUCCUCACAGGCUCACCUGGGGACUGCCUCAGCACCGUCACCCUCUAUGGGGCUGGCUCUUGUAACUCAGAGGUCUCAUCCCUGCCCGUGCCGGGGGCUGAGCACACUCCACAUGCCAAUCUCUGCUUCCCCCAGCCUUCCCCCGGCCCCAGGUCGUGGUCUUCAGGGUCCUGGCCCAGCACCAUCUAACCAAAUUUUGGAGAGGCAGACACCGGAAGCUGUUCUCCACUCCCUGGGGCUUUAGGGAGCACCUGACCCUGCAAGAGGGAGAGGAGGGCACUUAAUUUAUUUCUUUUUUCUUUUGAGGUACCUCCCUCUCUGAGCCAAUUUUCAUUUCCUCCCAGUGGCAUUGGCCACCCCUUGCCUCCCACUCUAGACCCAUCCCUAAAGCCCAGGAGGUAGGCUGGGGGAAGAAGGAACGGGCGGGAUCCAGUUUUGUGUGGUUGGUUUUUAUUAUCUGGAUAACAGCAAGCAACUGAAAAUAAAGAGAAAGAGAGA